AUGUCCGACAACGUCGGGCUCUCGACGCCGCGCGGCAGCGGCACCUCGGGCUAUGUCCAGCGGAACCUGGCGCACCUGCGGCCGCGCGACCGCGCCGCGCCGUACCACUCGCGCGACCUCGACAGCCUGAAGCACCGCCAGCGCCAGCCGGACCGCGAGAUCCUCGAGCACGAGCGCAAGCGCGAGGUCGAGGUCAAGGUCUUUGAGCUGCGCGACCGGCUCGAGGACGAAGGGAUCGACGAGGACGAGAUCGACAAGCAGUGCGCGGCGCUGCGGACGGAGCUGCAAGCGAAGCAGGCGGCGGGGGGCAAGGGCCGGGUCCGCGACCCGGCGGUGGACGGCGCGCCGCGCCGGCAGCUCAAGGCGCACCAGGUCCACGAGCUGGCCGACGCCAAGAUCAAGGAGAGCGAGCGCCUGCGCAACGCCCUCCGCAUCAGCAAGGACUACGAGGAGGGCGGCCACUGGAAGCGCCAGGAGGAGCGCCUGCGCAAGGCCGUCGAGCGCGAGAGGGAGCCGCCCGCGCCCGCGCCGGAGGACCGGGGUCGGGACCGGGACAGAGAUUAG